GUAACUGACAUGUCAGAGUCUAUCAUUGACAUUGUUGACAAUUACUACAUCAAAUGAUUAAAAAAAAAAUUAAUUAAUUAUUUACAAUUAAUAAUUUUCAAGUAUUGAUCAUUUGAAUCGACAAAAGUGUCAAUAAUUUUACUUUUCUAUAAACAACAUUAGUUUCCCGCCAAAUGUCAUAACAUAACCUUGCAUAAAGUUAGUGAUUGCAAUUGCAUUACACUUAUUUAGUUUAAUAAAUUUAAUCAAAUUAUCAUUCGAUUAAUAAUCUAUCUCAAUUAUUAUUAAAUAUUUCUAUUUUAACUUCACAAAGUCAUAUAACUGGAUUUGCUAAUUUAAUUAAAAAUAAUGAGUCAAUUUUUAAAACCAUCAGCUCCAAAAGCUUUGCGUGGUAAAGCACGCCCCAAUCUAAAUGCCACUAUUUCAGCACCAAAUUCGCCGAAAGCUCUCACCUCCAGGAGAACUAUGGCCCCCGGUUCACUGUCAACAUCCUGCGCGUCAACAUCAGCACCCUCGUCAUUGAAUGUUACCAUAAGAAGCACUUCAAAAAGUUCCAAAAAGACCAAACCGGACCCGGUCCGCCUGGCCUACAUCGAGUAUCUGAUAGCCAGAGCUAUGAAUAGUGCAGUGGAGGUAGAAGGUAAUAAGCGUGCUGAAGAACUUACCAAAAAGCUUAUUUUACUUGAAAUCAAUGAUGAUGAGGCUUAUGCAACCUUAAACGAAUACGAGAUGAAAAUCAAGGAGGCCAAGGCUUUUAUAGAGGGUAAAAUGAAAUUGCAAAAACAAAUAGAAAAAAUAAAUGAUGAACUGGAAUUGAAGGAUGAGGUAAUGAAAACUUUGGAGCGGAUCCAAGGCAAACUUCAAUCAAUGGAUAAAUUAACAGUCAAAAAUAUCGAGACACACGAAGAGGAAUGGAUUGUUUUGAAAGGCUUGAUGGAAGAGUGUGACCGAGUAAUGGAUAGUAUCACAAAUGAUUGUAGAGAUUUUGAUUUAACUCUUGAAGUUAAGAAAAAUCUUGAUGAGUUUAUUAAUUUACUCAAAGCUAUUUUUAAACAACUGCACAUCAUUCGUGGAGAGUUAGAGCUGCUUGAAGCUGACACUGUAAUAACUCUGAGUUCUAAAAUUAAGUAAUAAUUAUCAAACAAUUAUCUUUAUUUUUGUACUUUGAUUCAUCGAAGAAACAAUCUUGUUUUUAGAGAUUAUUGGGUGUUCAUGAUAGUAACACUGAGAAAAAAAUACUACUCUUGAGAAAAUUUUCUUGUCACAAGAAUAUAU